UCCUGUCUUUUCUCCUCUGCAGUGGGUGCUGGCAUUUGAAAUUUUCAUCCCAUUAGUCCUCUUCUUCAUCCUCCUGGGUCUGAGGCAGAAGAAACCAGCGAUCCCCGUCAAGGAAGUGUCUUUUUACAGUGCAGCGCCGCUCACCUCAGCCGGCAUCAUUCCCAUCAUGCAGUCGCUGUGCCCAGAUGGACAGAGGGAUGAGUUUGGAUUCCUGCAAUACAAGAAUUCUACAGUGACUCAGCUGCUGGAGCGAAUCAGUGAAGUGGUUGAACAGAACCGCCUUUUCACAUCUGACAGACCGGGUUUGGGUCAGGAUCUGGAGACCCUGCAGCAGCACCUGGAGAGCCUCAGCGCUGCACCUUUACCGCCCGACUAUGGCUUCAACAGCAGCAGCCAAGGCUUCCCACUGGCUGCUGUGUUGAAGAACCAGGAAGGUUUCCAGCAGUUCUUGGUCAGGAAUCUUUCCCUCUCCAACUCCACAGCAAGCACGCUGCUCAACAGCUCAGUGAACCUCCAAGAGGUCUAUAGUCUGAUCUUCGAUAGUUCCCUCAGAGACAGUGGAGGGCCAGCCAGCUGGAUUCAUGGACCAAAAAUCCUGAGUAAGAAACCUGCAGACAAGCUUCUGCAGAUUAAGGAGAAGCUGCUGGGUGGUGUUCAGAGUAUGGAUGGAGGGGAAGAUCCAGGCAGAGCAGCAAACAGGAAGGCUGUGGUCCAGAUCGUAUCCUGGGCGCUGGGCCUGUCGGCCGCCUCUGGCAGCCGGGCCGAGCAGCUUCAGGGGAUCCAGGAGCUGGAGGGAGUUCUCUUGACUGGAUCCAUGCUGAAGUUCCUGACCUGUGGGGAGCGUGGCGACAUUCAGCUCAGGAAGAUUCUGCUGGUUCCUGAGAAGCAACAGCCUGGACUGCAGGCAUAUCACAGCCUAAUGUGCAGCCGAGAGGAGGGUCAAAGGUCAGAGCGCUUCAGACAGCUGAGCAAGGAGCUUCGAGAGCAGAUCAACACUCAAAGUGUCGCUGACCAGCUUCAUGCGGAGCAGGCCGGCCCUGUGGCCCCCCUGUCCCAGUCCCAGCUGGGUGCCCUGCUGAAGGACCUGGCUGAUGUGGAGAGGCUCCUGAAGGACGUGGACCUGCUGUCUGGACUGGCUCGCCUGCUCCCCAAAGGAGCAUGCGCCGGGCAAAACCCAGUAUCCACGAGCAACGGAACGUGGCCUCUGAACACCACCACAUGGAGCAUCAACACAACAGAUGUUCCCAGAGAAGACGGAGAGGAGGGGGCAGAGGGCGGAGGGAAGAAGGAGGGGGAGGAGAAUCCUCACUCUCAGUUCUCAGCGUUUGUUCAGCUGUGGGCAGGACUGCAGCCCAUUCUGUGUGGGAACAACAGGAUCAUUGAGCCAGAGGCGCUGAAGCAGGGGAAUAUGAGCUCACUGGGAUUCACCAGCAAAGAACAAAGGAACCUGGGCCUCCUCGUUCACCUGAUGACUACAAAUCCCAAGAUCCUCUACUCCCCCAUUGGCUCUCAGGUGGACAAAGUGAUUCAGAAGGCGAAUGAGACGUUUGCGUUUGUUGGGAAUGUGACUCACUACACCCGGGUGUGGCUGAACAUCUCUGCCCAGCUCAGGACCUUUCUGGAGGAGGGCCGCCUGCAGAGCCAUCUGCUGUGGCUCCAGCAGCUGUCCUCAGAGCUGCAGCAGCAGCCGGAGCUGCUGAACGGCAGUGACAGCGAGCUGAUGCAGGCGCUGAUGAUGGGAAACUACACGCUACCCAACACCUCCACCCUGCUGGAGCAGCUAGACACAAUCGACAACGCUGCCUGCGGCUGGAUACGUUUCAUGUCAAAGGUGAGUGUUGAUGUGUUCAAAGGCUUCCCUGAUGAGGACAGCAUAGUCAACUACACCCUGAACCAGGCCUACCAGGACAAUGUUUCUGUGUUUGCCAGCGUGAUUUUUCAGACUAACAAGGAUGGUUCUUUGCCACCUCAUGUUCUGUACAAAAUAAGACAGAACUCCAGCUUCACAGAGAAAACUAAUGAAAUCAGAAGAGCCUACUGGCGACCUGGGCCCAACACUGGUGGGAAAUUCUACUUCCUCUAUGGUUUUGUGUGGAUUCAGGAUAUGAUAGAGAGAGCCAUAAUCAACACAUUUGUGGGUCACGAUGUGGUGGAACCCGGUAACUAUGUCCAGAUGUUCCCCUACCCAUGUUACACCAGAGAUGAUUUCCUGUUUGUGAUUGAGCACAUGAUGCCCCUCUGCAUGGUGAUAUCCUGGGUAUAUUCCGUAGCUAUGAUGAUUCAGCACAUAGUAGCAGAGAAAGAACAUCGGCUCAAAGAGGUGAUGAAGAUGAUGGGCCUGAACAAUGCCGUUCACUGGGUGGCCUGGUUCAUCACUGGCUUUGUCCAGCUCUCCAUCUCCGUCACUGCUCUCACAGUCAUCCUGAAGUACGGCAGAGUGUUACUCCACAGUGACCCACUGAUCAUCUGGCUCUUCUUAACUAUUUAUGCUGUGGCUACCAUCAUGUUCUGUUUUUUGGUGUCAGUAAUCUACUCCAAAGCUAAGCUAGCUUCAGCCUGUGGAGGAAUCAUCUACUUCCUCAGCUAUGUGCCCUACAUGUAUGUAGCCAUAAGGGAGGAGGUGGCCCAUGACAAGAUCACUGCCUUUGAGAAAUGCAUUGCUUCUCUCAUGUCCACCACAGCCUUCGGUCUUGGCUCCAAGUAUUUUGCCCUGUAUGAGGUGGCAGGUGUUGGGAUCCAGUGGCGCACCAUCAGUCAGUCACCUGUAGAGGGCGAUGACUUUAAUCUGAGCCUUUCCAUGAUGAUGCUCAUUAUAGAUGCUGGGGUGUACGGUGUGCUAACCUGGUACAUAGAAGCUGUUCAUCCAGGGAUGUAUGGGCUGCCACGCCCAUGGUACUUCCCUCUGCAGAGAUCCUAUUGGUCAGGCAGUGGGCGUGUUGAGACCUGGGACUGGCCCUGGUGUGGAGGAGGAUCUGCCAGGCUCAGUGUGAUGGAGGAGGACCAGGCAUGUGCCAUGGACCAGCGCCGGUCCGAGGAGAUGCGGGGCAUGGAGGAGGAGCCGAGUCACCUGAGCCUGGUGGUCUGCAUAGACAAACUGACCAAGGUGUACAAGACUGGCAGCAAACUGGCCCUCAACAACCUGAGCCUCAACCUCUAUGAAAACCAGGUGGUCUCCUUCCUGGGACACAAUGGAGCUGGAAAAACCACCACCAUGUCCAUCCUGACAGGCUUGUUUCCUCCCACCUCCGGCUCUGCCACCAUAUACGGCCACGACAUCCGCACCGAAAUGGAUCGGAUCCGUCAGAACCUGGGCAUGUGUCCGCAGCACAACGUUCUGUUUGAUAAGCUCAGUGUAGAGGAACACCUGUGGUUCUACUCCAGGCUCAAGGGCAUGGCAGAGGACGACAUCCGCAAGGAGAUGGACAAAAUGAUUGUGGACCUGGAGCUAUCUAACAAGCGUCACAGCUUGGUCCAGACCCUGUCAGGUGGGAUGAAGCGGAAGCUGUCGGUGGCCAUCGCCUUCGUAGGUGGCUCCAGGGCCGUCAUUCUGGACGAGCCCACUGCGGGGGUGGAUCCUUACGCCCGCAGGGCCAUCUGGGACCUGAUCCUCAAGUACAAACAGGGCCGGACCAUCCUGCUGUCCACCCAUCAUAUGGAUGAAGCCGAUCUUUUGGGAGAUCGCAUUGCCAUCAUCUCACAUGGAAAGCUGAAGUGCUGUGGAACACCACUUUUCUUGAAGAGCACUUAUGGAGAUGGAUACAAACUGACGCUGGUGAAAAAGCAAAGUGAAGGCAGAGGCCAGGCCAGCCAGCCCAAGUCUCCCUCCUCUUCAUCUCCAUCCUCUUCGCUGUCACCCUGCUCAGAAACCCGGGUCACCGACUUUAUUCAGCAGUUUGUGGCUACCUGCCUGCUGGUGUCCGACUCCAACACUGAGCUCUCCUAUGUCCUGCCCUCCGAAUCAGUCAAGAAGGGCUGCUUUGAGAGGCUGUUCCAGGCUUUGGAGCAGAACUUGGCUGGCCUGGCUCUGACCAGCUUUGGAGUGAUGGACACCACGCUGGAGGAAGUGUUCCUCAAAGUCUCUGAGGAGGACCAGUCUCUGGACAACAGUGAUGCUGACAUGAAGAGCUCGCCUGGGGGCAGCUCACUGGGAAAGCUGUCAGUGGGAUCAGGGGCUCAGGAUGGACUAGCGCCUGAGACCAGACCCUCGCUGCACAACGAGAAGUCUGAGGUUGAGCUGAGCAAUCUGGUGCAGUGCUCCAGGCUCAGCCAGAGCCAGCUGUCACUGAAAUCUUCCUCAUCUGUGGGCUCAGUGCGUGGAGACGAGGGGGGGCUGUAUGCAGACUUCUUUGGGGAUUACUGCCCUCUGUUUGAGAACGGCCAGGAGUCGGACUCUGCCAGCCUGAGAGGCGAUCCAGAAAAUCCCACCUCCUCAGAGCUGGAAGACCUGGAGGGGCAGGGCAGCUUCAAGCUGGAGGGCUGGUGGCUGAAACUGAGUCAGUUUCAUGGCCUCAUCAUAAAGAGGUUCCACUGUGCCAAGAGAAACACCAAGGGUCUCUUCUCCCAGAUCCUCCUGCCUGCUUUCUUUGUCUGUGUUGCUAUGACUGUGGCCUUAUCCGUGCCUGAGAUCGGGGAUCUACCACCACUCAUCCUGUCUCCUUCUCAGUAUCAUAACUACACCCAGCCCAGAGGCAACUUCAUCCCCUACGCAAAUGAAGACAGGCCCCAGUACAGGAGUACGCUGUCACCAGAUGCCAGGCCACACAAGAUCAUCAACACCCUCCGACUUCCCUCAGGUGUAGGGGCAACAUGUGUCCUUAAGACCCCCUUCAACAGCACCCUGGACCAGCUGGCCCAGACCCUCAACCCCAGCGCCAACAACUCCAAGACCCUGGCUGCCCAGUACUUUGACUCUAUGUGUCUGGACUCCUUCACCCAGGGGGUCCCCCUCUCCAACUUCGUGCCCCCGCCACCUUCCCCAGCUCCCUCGGAUGACCCAGACCCUCGUUUUAUUGCCCCUCCAACCACAAUUCAUGAGCCCGUUACAUCUCCUCCUACCCUCCCUCUCUCCAUCCGUGAGCCGGUCCGCUGUACCUGCUCUAUGCAGGGCACGGGCUUCUCCUGUCCCAGUGGGGUCGGAGGUCGCCCCCCUCUCAUGAAGGUGGUGACAGGAGACAUUUUGGUGGACAUCACAGGCAGGAACGUCUCUGAGUAUCUGCUCUUCACUUCGGACAGAGUGCGGCUCCACAGAUACGGUGGUUUAACUGUGGGGAACAUCCAGAAAUCCAUCCCUGCCUCCUUCGGAAGGAACAUUCCUCCAAUGGUCCGCAAGAUAGCUGUACGCAGAUCAGCUCAGGUCUUGUACAACAACAAAGGCUACCACAGCAUGCCAACCUAUCUGAAUGUACUGAACAACGCCAUCCUGCGCGCCAACUUACCUGCAUCCAAAGGCAACCCUGCUGCUUAUGGAAUCACACUGACCAACCAUCCGAUGAAUAGAACCAGUGCCAGCCUUUCUUUGGACUAUUUGUAAGUUUACCAACAAGCACUUAUGUACAUUAUAUU